GCUUUAAUCUAUAACAAUUAAGCAUUUCGUUUUUAAGAAUCAUAACUAUACAGUUAUUAAUCCGUGUGCAUUGCUGGCGCAUGCGCUUUACCAUUUUGAGCAUAACUUCUGCCGUUGUAGCAGUCAACAUGUGCCAUAAAUAUUAACGUCUUUCCUAUGGCUAAAAAGCUUGUUUAGCGGGUGCAAUGCGCCGCUCUCCCGCCUUCCGCUCUUGACGCAGUCGACGCCGAUAUAACAUAACGUUCAGAGCGGCACCAAACUUCAACGGAAGUAGAACAAACCAAGCGGAAACAGAACCACACGGCAACUGCACGGCACGGCACGGGCACCGCUACGCUUCGCACGAAUAUGGAAAAGUUGUUCAUCAACAAAUACCACUGAUAAAGGUAGUUUUUGUUUAGGGCAAACUUUUGUGAAUAGGAAUGACAAAUUAUAAUUGUAAGCGACCGAAACUCGUGUGGGCCUAGGCAUUACUCUCUCUCUGGGGUCGGUCGGUCAGUGAAAAAGUGAAUUUUUCUCGUCAUCGUCGUCGGUGUUUCGCUUUCGGUAUCUGUAUCCAUUGUCGUCUAGCAGCAGAGUUGCUGCGUGGGCAUUUGAAUAACUACUCCAAAAUGGGCUCCCAAUAAUUAUGAUUGCGUGAAGAAAUCAAUAGACAACAAUGGCCAGCAAGCCCAUGAGCAGCAGCUGCCAGAGCAUUGCAACGGCGGCCAGUAGUGCCGCCACCACAGCAGCCGCCGUCUCCAUCUCUGCCUCGAACGCCACCUCCGUGGGCUCACUCAUAGCCGCCGCCUGUCAGCAACAGCAGCAGCAGCAGCAGCACCAUCACCACGAGAACCAGCAGACGCAGCACCAGUCACAUCAGCCAUCAUCGCACUAUGUCAAUGGCACUGGCAGCCUGGGUCGCCUCAAGUUCCACAAGAGUCUCGAUGCCAGCGAUGAGGAGAUCGAGUAUGCGCAGCUAUCGCAGUCCACCCACAUUCUGGGCCGCCACAAGUCGGAGCGUUUUUUGGCCUCCUCCAAGCCGGACGAGGAUCGUCGCCGUCGCACCAUCAUUGUGGAGAAGAAGAACGAUUCGUAUGGCUUCACGCUGCAGAGCUAUGGCAUCCACUACAAGCGGGAUGAGGAGCUGGAGAUGAUCACCUACGUGGACUAUGUGGAGUACGGUGGUCCGGCCUAUCGAUCGGGCAUGCGAGAGGGCGACGUGAUACUCUCCAUCAAUGGCAGGGACAUGGAGAAGGCCGAUCACAAGACCAUUGUGGAGUUCAUUAAGCAAUGCGACACGCGAAUGCGAAUGGUGGUGCUCUUUGAGGAUUGUGUGAGGAAGGUGGAUCUUCACAUGCGUUACAUCCAGCUGCAAAGCAUGCUGCAGCAUAAAAUGAACGAACUGGAGCGUGUGCAUCUGAGGGAGCGAGAGCUGCUCGAGGGCAAGUGGAAGACGCACAGCCUGCCGGCGAGGAAGAAGGCCAAUGCCAAUACAUCGCCCAGCGAUGGCGAAGGCGUCUCCCCCACUGAGGUGGCAGCUGAAGCGGGCUUCUAUCGUCCCGCCCUGUCCACCGAGGAUGUGGGGAAUAUCGCGGCACGCCAGCAGGCAGCAGCUGGGGGUGCGAUCAUACCGCCACCUGCUCAGUUUAUGCUCACGUAUCAUUAUCUGGAUCCCACAUAUCGCUACGUGCUGCGGCCCACGCAUGGCAGCUCCGAGGACUACAUCGAUGGCCUGGGCCUGCAGCGCAGCAGCAGCGACCAUCAGCCGACGGCCCAGCGCUUCCUGCUGCAUCGCACCGAGUCCAUGGACACGAACACGAUCAGUCAGCCCACCACCACUGCUGCGUCACAGUACCACAGCACCAGCAGCGGUGGGGCCACGGUGAAGCCACCCGCUCCUCCGCCACGAACCUGCGAGAAGCACAAGCCGCCAGCCAAGCCGCCAAAGGCGGAGAAGGAGAAGUCCGCCUCGGGCAAGCACUACCAUGUGGGGCACUCGUGCAAUCCUUGCCUCGGGCACUUUCGCUGGAAGUCAACGGAGAAGACAGCCCUGACGGCCGGGGAUAAUGUCAGCCUCGAUGCCUACGAUCUGGCCAGCCCCUGCUGCGACACGCAGUGUGUGCCCAGUCGACGACGUCAUCGCCAGCACAAGGAGCACAGCCACAAGCACAAGCACCGCGAGCGGGAACGGGAGAGAGUGGAAAGCAAGGAGCAGCGUACUCGACCCAAGUCCCAGUCGCAUGCCUCGCCCAGUGCCAAUGGGGGAGCGCAGGGACACCACCACCAUCAUCAUCAUCACCAUCACAGUCGUGAGCAGCAGCAGCAGCAAGUGUUGCAACAGCAACAACAGCCCGUGCCGCAUCAUCAUCACUACCAUCAUCCACAGCAGGGACAGACUACACCAACGCUCUGCCAUGCCAAUUCUCAGUCGGGCAGCACUCGUUCCCGCUACUUUGAUCUGGCCUCUGGCCUGGCCAGCCACUGUAGCCUCCACUCCUGCACUUCCAGCGAGUUUGCGCCAGCAGACUCCGCCUCCUACACCACCUCCAUCAGCACGGAUACGCUGUUCUGGGAUCCCAAGAGCGAGACGGGACAGUCGCGACAGCAUUCCACCAAGUCCAGGCAAUCCUACGAGCAGCCACACCACCAACAACAACAGCAGCAACCACAACAGCAACAGCAACCACAACUGCAACCCCAGCAGCAACAACAUUCACAUCAGCAGCAACAACACCAGCCCCAGCCCCAUCAGGUGCCACACCAUCAUCAUCAUCACCAUCCUGGCUAUCAUCAGCGCUACCAUGUGACGACCACACAGGUGCAGCCAUCGCAGAUCUACCCCAACACCAUUGCCUACGUGCAGAAGCCCAAGUCCUGGGACAAUCUGGCCACCAAGGCAGCAGCGGCGGGUAACUAUGGCUUCGGCUAUGGCUAUCUGGACACGGCGGCCGUGAAGCCGCCGUUGAAGCUGCAGAUCGCACAGCAACGCCACUCGAUGCCGCGUCGCAAUCCCUACGGACGCUUCUCCACCUACGGCGAUGUGGAGAACUACGCCCCGCCGCCCACGGAAUUUGUGGGCGAACUGACAACCACCACAACAACGACGAUUACAGCCAAGUCCACGGAGGAGCUGCUGGCCGCCUGCGACUGCCUGUCGCCGCAGCAACAAGCGGCACUCAAGGCCGCGCAAUAUCAGCUGAGCCAAAACCAGAAGCUGACCCACCAGAACUCCUGUCAAAUGGGCUACUACUCGCAUCUGCCACGACCCACAACAGAUGUGGGCACCUCCACCGGUCAACAGGUGCACAAUGGGGCGGGGGAUGUGUCCACGGUGUCGGAGGCAACGCGUUUGUAAGGCACGUCUAACAAUACUCUCGGUGAUCUAUGCAAGAACCGUCUAAAGAAUGCACCCAGAAAGGUGUUUCCACAUCGAAAUCAUUAGAAAUCAUAACUAAGCCAAAUUUUUAAACACAGAAUCAAUAUUGCAUAACCAAACUAUAAGAAGUGUGUGCAUACAGUGCGUUUCAUAACUGUAGCUUGGUCUGGGCAUGGUUCCCCACAUGACAAUACCGAUAAGGGAAUACAAGAUCCUACCAGCAGUAGAUUCAAAGUAAAAGUCUUAUAGUUGUUAGACCCACUGUAUGUAGGCACACAACUAGAACGAAGACGCAUUGACGUUUUGGAUUUAUUGAAAGACUGAAGCUAUGCGCAUAUUCCAAAUGAGAGAUAAAUCUGGCGUCUUAUAUUGAUAGUUAGUUGAUGAUUAUUAUGCAUAUAUAUUAUAUAUAUAGUGUAUCCGUAAUUGCCAUAUAAUAUGGUUACCUAUCAUGCAUCUAAAUAUAUGUAGCUACUGUUUUAUCGAUCAUAUAUAAAUACUGUGUAACCAGCAGAAACAAUGUAAUUUAUUUCAUUGUGAUACGAGUGAAUAGGGGCAAGGCACUAAAAAACCGCAACAAUUUUAGUCGCAAUUUUAUCAAACAAAUGGAUAAACCAAAAAACUCGAAAAACA